AAUCUUGCUAUUAUAUUAUUGGAAAAAUUAAUACUUGAUCAAUCCAUAGAUCGUGUAAAAAUACUUGAUGUUCUAAUUAAUAAGGCUGCGAUUAGGGCAUUUCUUCACCUACAUCAGCGUGGUUGUAAACUAGAUAUGUCAUUAUACAAUUUGUGUGUCGCUUGCUUAACCGAUGAUUCUGAAGAA